CGCAAUUAGGAUAUGUUUUUAUUUUAUUUCUUUUUUCUGCAGUGGAAACUGCAGAAUUCUAAAUUCGCAGCUGAGAAAUCCCUAAAAAGGGGUUUAUAGCAGAGAGCGUAAUCAGAAUCCAAAUUCCGAUUCCGAAAGCAGCCACCAACGACCACCGAACCAGUGUCGGUACUCUCUCACUUCCCUUUCCUCGUUGCAGAGAAGCAUCAUCGGGGGUUGAACCCUUGUUUGUAUCCGUGGUGAUUGUGCCGUGGCAUUAUCCGUACUAUGAAGAGGACUAUGCCAUGGAGUGAUGAUGACGAGUCAUCAUCUUCACAUUCAGACUCUGAACAUGAUAGUGAAGCUGGAGCGGAAAACUCCAAAGGUAAAUCUAGGAAGCAGAAAAGUGGUGUAAUUGACUUUGAGGCUCUGAGGAGACAUGGGUAUAGAGGUGGACCUUCGGUCCUAAAAGUACCAGCACCCAGAGAAGGGGAUGAGUCGAAGCAAGAUUGGUCGUGGUCCAGUGGAAAAGAAAAGCGUGCAGAGAAGGAGAUUGAAGAAUCAUAUGAAGAACGACAAAAAACAAGGGAGGCUAUUUCCCAAGGAGAGCAGCUGCCAGCUGCCCUGACUAGGAAUGACAAGAAGAAUCUUUCUUUCUCUCAGAAAGAAAAGAGGAAGAGAGAGUUGGGUCAAGCUAGCAGGGGCAAAAAUUAUGUUGAAGAAGAGAAGAGGCUGUUGAGAGAGAAUGGUAUCUAUUCUGGUUUUGAUGCUUGAUUUUCCACAGAACAAUACCCUUCAUAUUGUUGUACAAAGAUACUCUCAUUUUCUUAUACUCAAGGACUUGGUUGCAACUUGUAGUCAGUGGUUUAAAACUUGACAGAAAUUAUUAGGGGUUGAUCAUACCCUUUUAUGAUGUGGCAAAAAUAUUAAAAAAAACUCGUAUUGUAGGAAUUGUUUCUGAUGGUUAA